AUAUAUAUAUAUAUAUAUAUAUAUAUAUAUAUAUAUAUAUAUAUAUAUAUAUAUAUAUAUAUAUAUAAUAAAAAAAGGGGGAGAGCAGUGAUUUGUUUUCCAUUUCAAUUUUAUUUAAAAAUUUCAAUUUUAUUUGACUUUAUUUGUAAUCUUUUUUUUCAAUUGCAUAGAAUAACCAAUAAAUAUAAUUUAUACAUAAAACAAAGUGAUUUGCAUAUUUCAUUUUUCGAUUUAAUUUAUUUUAAAUACCAUAUAACUUUUUCAAAUUUCCUUAAAAUAUUGCAGAAAAUUUGUAUUUUU